CCCGGGACACUCUCCCCCUCCCUGGGAUCCCCCGCGGUCCCCCGCCCCCGGUUAACCUCCCCUAGCGCCCUGACCAGGCUGCCGCUGGCUGGAGAGGUCGGAUUCCCGGCACCCAAACGGGGUGUUUCCCAUUCUGUGCCCCCUCCCAUUCCUGCCCAGGGACCCCCGUGCUCUGCCUCCCGUCCAUGCCCACCAACCCUCUCGGUGACCUGGGGACCUCGCGCUGCUUCUCCCCGGUGCCUCGGGAGAGGAGGGGGCUGCCCGCUCGGAUCCGCUCACCCGACCCUGCCUUUCCCGCAGGGUGGGACCCCCGCGCUGGGGGGGCCUGGAAGAUGCGGCCCCUCUUGCAGGUCGUGGCGGGGUUGCUGCUGGCGGCGGCUGCGCGGGGCAGGGCGAUGGAGCCAGAGCUAUUUGAGCAACCCUUGCUGGAGUCAGAACAUGAACAUCUCCUACUGGACCCAGGCAACACAUUGAAGCUGUACUGUGAUGCCAACAAGAGCGGUGCCAAUGUGGUCUGGUACAAGGAGUCCCGGCCACUCGUCUCGGGGGGUCGCAUCCAUCUCCAUCAGGGCCUGCUGGAGAUCUCAGAGGUCACCUACGAGGACUCAGGGUUCUACGUGUGCCGGGCACGGGGAACUGGAGAGGUCCUGCGCAACUUCACCAUCUCUGUCAUGGACUCCCUGGGAUCAGGUGAUGAUGAUGAAGAUAGUGAUGGGGACAGUCCCCACGGAGACCGAAAUGAGGAGUCAGUCUAUGUGCACAGAGCUCCUUACUGGACUCACCCACACCGGAUGGACAAGAAGCUGUAUGCAGUCCCUGCGGGGAACACGGUGAAGUUCCGCUGCCCUGCCUCAGGCAGCCCCAGCCCCAGCAUCCGCUGGUUCAAGAAUGGGCGAGAGUUCCGAGGGGAGCACCGCAUCGGGGGCAUCCGGCUCCGGCACCAGCACUGGAGUCUGGUGAUGGAGAGCGUGGUGCCCUCUGACCGCGGCAACUACACUUGCCUGGUGGAAAACAGGUUUGGCAGCAUCCGCUACAGCUACCUCCUGGACGUGCUGGAGAGGUCCCCACACAGGCCCAUCUUGCAGGCUGGGCUGCCUGCCAACACCACAGCCCUGGUGGGCAGUGAUGUGGAGUUCUUCUGCAAGGUCUACAGCGAUGCCCAGCCCCACAUCCAGUGGCUGAAGCAUAUUGAAGUGAAUGGCAGCAACUAUGGCCCUGAUGGGGUCCCCUAUGUGCAAGUGCUCAAGACUGCAGAUAUCAAUAGCUCUGAGGUGGAGGUGCUGUACCUGCGCAAUGUGUCCAUGGAGGAUGCUGGCGAGUACACCUGCCUGGCAGGGAACUCUAUUGGCCUCUCCUACCAGUCUGCCUGGCUCACUGUCCUGCCAGAAGAGGAGCUGGUGCGGGAAGCUGAGGCCCCUGAGACCAAGUACACAGACAUAAUCAUCUACACCUCAGGCUCACUGGCUGUGGCCAUGGCCAUUAUUAUUGUGGUGCUGUGCCGGAUGCAGACUCAGUCGAGCAAGCAGCACCUGGAACCUAUGGCAGUCCACAAGCUCUCCAAAUUCCCACUCAUCCGACAGUUCUCCCUGGAUUCCAGCUCCUCUGGGAAGUCCAGCACAUCUCUGAUGCGGGUCACCCGUCUCUCCUCCAGCUGUGCCCCAAUGCUGGCUGGUGUCAUGGAGCUGGACCUGCCCCUUGAUGCCAAGUGGGAAUUCCCCCGGGACAAGCUGGUGCUGGGGAAGCCCCUGGGGGAAGGCUGCUUUGGUCAGGUGGUGCGGGCAGAGGCUUACGGCAUAGACAGAGACCGGCCAGACAGAGCUGUCACCGUGGCCGUCAAAAUGCUGAAAGACAAUGCCACUGACAAGGACCUGGCGGACCUCAUAUCCGAGAUGGAGAUGAUGAAGCUCAUGGACAAGCACAAGAACAUAAUCAACCUCCUGGGAGUCUGCACACAGGAUGGGCCACUGUACGUGAUUGUGGAGUUUGCUGCGAAGGGCAACCUGCGUGAGUACCUCCGUGCCCGCCGCCCCCCGACACCUGACUACGCUUUUGAUGUCAUGGCAAUGCCUGAGGAGCAGCUCUCUUUCAAGGAUCUGGUCUCCUGCGUCUACCAGGUGGCCCGUGGCAUGGAGUACCUGGAGUCCAAACGGUGCAUCCACCGUGACCUGGCUGCCCGCAACGUGCUGGUGACAGCAGAGAGCGUGAUGAAAAUCGCUGACUUUGGCUUGGCCAGGGACGUUCACGACAUCGACUACUACAAGAAAACCAGCAACGGUCGCCUGCCAGUGAAGUGGAUGGCCCCCGAAGCCCUGUUUGACCGUGUCUACACCCACCAGAGUGAUGUGUGGUCCUUUGGGAUCCUGAUGUGGGAGAUCUUCACGCUGGGGGGCUCCCCAUACCCUGGCAUCCCUGUGGAGGAGCUGUUCAAGCUGCUGAAGGAGGGGCACCGUAUGGACCGGCCAUCCAACUGCACCCAUGAGCUGUACAUGCUGAUGAGGGAGUGCUGGCACGCCGUGCCCUCACAGCGCCCCACCUUCAAGCAGCUUGUGGAGGGGCUGGACAAGAUCCUGGCAGCUGUUUCAGAGGAGUACCUGGACCUCUCCAUGCCCUUCGAGCAGUACUCGCCCUCCUGUGAGGACACUGCCAGCUCCUGCUCCUCUGAUGACUCUGUCUUCACCCACGACCCACUGCCGCUGGCUCCUCACCUCUUCUCCUACCCCAGCGUGAGGACUUAAGGGAGGGCAGGGACAGGUGAUGCUGAAGCCACCUCUGCCCUUGCAGGGAGGGAAUCCAGGUUCCCAAAGGUGCCUGCUUUGUCCAGGCUGAGCAGUGGGUGGGCAGGGUCCUGAGCCACAGCACCAGGGCAGGGUGUCCCUCUCACCAGGCUCCUUUUGGGCACUGAGCCAUCAGUCCUGGCUGAGAUCUGCCUGGUAUUGUUGGGCAGCAGGAACUAGAGCCUCUCCAUGUGGGCACUGCCUGGGAUGCCCAUGGCAUUGCCCAGGGAGAUGGGCUUUGGCCAGUGCUUCAGUGGAAGUGUCUCUAGGCAGGAACCCGACUGCUGCCAGGCUCCUGCUGCAUCUGUACAUAGCCACAGAGAUGAAUAUUUAUGUACAUGAAAUUUCAACCUGAUAAAUUAUUUUUUUGGAAUAUA